AUGGACAGAAAUGAGCAAUGUCUGAUGCAUUCAUUUACUGUUCAUGACCUGACACAAGAGAAGAAGAAACUCCAGGCCAGCUAUGAGAAGUUGGUUGAAGAUGUCAAUGCACUUAUGGAUGCCCAGGAGCAGAGGGCAGUGAUAGAAAGGAAAGAUGCUGAAACAACCAAGUUGCAAGAGAAGUAUGACACUUUGAAGAACAUAGCAGCUGCAAGGAAGAGUAAGAUGGACAGAAAUGAGCAAUGUCUGAUGCAUUCAUUUACUGUUCAUGACCUGACACAAGAGAAGAAGAAACUCCAGGCCAGCUAUGAGAAGUUGGUUGAAGAUGUCAAUGCACUUAUGGAUGCCCAGGAGCAGAGGGCAGUGAUAGAAAGGAAAGAUGCUGAAACAACCAAGUUGCAGGAGAAGUAUGACACUUUGAAGAACAUAGCAGCUGCUCAAGGUACUGUCAUUAGGAACAUGAAGUUGAAGCUAGCUGAAGAGAAGAAGAAUUUGCAGAUCCACAUUGAUGAGCUCAAGAAGACAGUUGAAGAGAGCAAUGUGAAGCUGGAGGGGAUCAAGGCCAUCAUAAAUGGAUAA